AUGGAUGGUGAAAUCAAAUAUAGAAAUAAAGAUCAUACUUUCACCUUUAAUACACCUCCGGCAGAUUCAUCAAUAGAUGUACUAAAUGAAUUUUAUUGGACAAAAGAUACUGAACCUCACGUUUUAAGAAGAAAAUUAAUACUUGAAAAAUAUCCCGAAGUUAGAAAAUUAACAGGUUGGGAACCAAAAACUAAAUGGUAUGUUAUUGGAAUAGUAUUAUUACAAUGUUCAAUUGCUUUUUAUCUUAGAAAGACACCAGUUUUAUCGUUGAAAUUUUUCACAUUAGCUUAUAUAAUAGGUGCCACGGCAAAUCAAGCUAUAUUUUUAGCUAUUCAUGAAUUAUCACAUAAUUUAUUAUUUAAAAAACCAUUGCAUAAUAAAAUCUUUGCCACAUUUGCAAAUAUUCCAAUUGGUAUACCAUAUUCAGCUUCAUUUCAACCAUAUCAUCAAUUACAUCAUAAAUUUUUAGGUGAUGAAUUUUUAGAUACUGAUUUACCAACAAGAUUUGAAGGUAUAUUCUUAUCAAAUUUAUUGGGUAAAGUAUUUUUUGCAACUUUUCAAAUUUUUUUUUAUGCUUUAAGACCAAUGUUUAUAACUCAAAUUAAAUUUACAUAUAUUCAUUUAUUCAAUGUAAUGUUUCAAAUUGGUUUUGAUUAUUUAAUGGUUAAAUUUUUAGGUUGGAAAGCUUUAGGAUAUUUUAUAAUGAGCUCAUUUUUAGCAGGAAGUCUUCAUCCUUGUGCUGGACAUUUUAUAGCUGAACAUUAUGUUUUAAAUGAAAAUAAUACUGAAAAAUUUGCUAAAAAAAAUGGUAUCAAUGUGGAAUUAGUACCUGCAGAAACUUAUUCUUAUUAUGGUUCAUUAAAUUUAUUAACUUGGAAUGUUGGUUAUCAUAAUGAACAUCAUGACUUUCCAUAUAUUGCAUGGACUAAAUUACCAGAAUUGAAAAAAAUUGCAUCAGAAUUUUAUGAUCCAUUACCUCAAGUAAAUUCUUGGAUAGGCGUAAUAUGGUGGUUUAUCUUUAAUGACAUUAAUAAAUUAUGGAGUAGGGUUAAAAGGGAAGGUAACAUUAAACUGGGUACAAAAAUUGAUAAGUUAGAUCAAAAUUAG